CUUCUGUCUGUUGUUUUGAUUCUGAAAAGAAAAGAUUAUUUUAUAUUAAUUAUUUUCAUGGAUUCUUUUUGAUAAUUAAUUUAAUUGUUCUCUUGCUGUUUUACUAUGGCAGCGAUUAGGCGAUUCUCCAGUCAACUGAUUCGUGACAAAAGUUAUGUUUCCAGUGCUCAUCCAAAGUCACACAUUAAUUUAAUCGCAAACGCUGUUCCUCAAGAUGAAAGUGAUUCUGAGAAAAAUUAUCGAAAAUUAUUUGAAGAGAAUCAACUUUGGAAUCACAACUACUGGCAAGAUAAUAAUACUAGAUUUCUAAAGGAAAAGGCUGAAUUCAUAGAGAAACAAAGAUUACAACAAGGUGACGAUUCCAUAGCAUUUUCUCAAGAAGAUUUGAUACCAUUUUAUAAAGAAUUUCUUGAUAAAAAUUACAAUAAACACAUCGAAUACAAUAGAGAGUGGUACCGUCGACAGUUCAAGCUCCUUAUUCCGGCCUUUCAAGCUUAUCUGGCAUCUAAGAAAAGAUCAUUGAAAAGGUUUUUUCCUUCAUCACGUUGAAAUUAUAUAAUCAUAGGCUUUAAUGUACUUUAGAAUUUAGGUUAAUCACCUUGAUGGACUAAUCAAAUUGAGAGAACCAGAUGAUAUCUAGUCAACAUUUUAAUUCAUCUAAAAAUCUUUCAUGUCCUUUAACAACUAAAAACUUGAACCAAAUGAACAGUGUUAAUAACAAUUGAAUCCAUUAACGAUAAUUAAUUGUUAAAAGAUUAAUAUAUAAAAGAGAUUGUCAAGAUUAUUGUCAAUCUGUAUUUCCAGCGGAUUAUUAAAUUUGUAUUUGUCCAAUUUGAUGAAUUGAAGAUAAUCAUCAUUAAAAACCAUGGAGAAGUUGAAAAUGAAAACAACAACAAAGCAAAAAUAUUAUCGAUCAAAUAGAUUUGGAGGAUUCCCACUAAUUGGAUUAAUCGGGAAGCUUGGAAAGAUUCAAUGUUAAAACAAGGAGUUAAAAGGGAUAAGAUUAACUUGUAAAUCACUUUCUCUUUUUGGAUUAAAGCCAAAAAAUUAAACAGCAAACAGAUUGUGAGAGGGUCAA